UCAACUUCAGAGCAGAUUUGCUGUUGUCACUUCGCCUUGUUUACUUUCUUGUCACUUGCUUUUGACCUGGGGAAAGCCAUGGACAUUCUCCGUUUCUCGUGCGGCAUUCUCGCUACCGCGUUUCACAUUCCAAUUUCUGCAUUAUUUUCUGUCUUUCGAUUCCGUCCUCUUUCGUCACUUCACUUGUUCUCAGCUUUAAUGUCGCACGCUUUCCCUGUUUCCAAUAUAGGAAAUGCAGUCGGUCUGUUCCUUUUCUUGGCGCCUAUGACCACGUUCAAGAGGAUCGUGAGGAGGCGGUCAACGGAGCAGUUCUCAGGCAUCCCUUACAUAGUAACUCUUCUUAGUUGCAGCCUCUCCACUUGGUAUGGACUACCAUUCGUAUCUCCGGACAACCUUCUGGUAUUAAUCAUUAGUGGCAUAGGAGUUGUGAUUGAGCUCACGUAUGUUUGGAUCUUCAUCACAUACGCACCAAAGAAGGAGAGUCAAAAGAUCAUGGGACUCUCUGGUCUUGCUCUGAUUCUUGUCUUAACAUUUGCCUUUGUCUCCCUCUUCGCCCUGCAUGGCAAGACCCGGAAACUCUUCUGUGGCAUCAUGCUCGACAUUUUCUCUAUCCUUACGUAUGCUUCACCUCUAUCAGUCAUGAUGUUGGUGAUUAAGACGAAGAGCGUGGAGUUCAUGCCUUUUUUGUUAUCGUUGUCCUCCUUCUUAUGCGGCAUCUUUUGGCUCGCAUAUGGCCUUCUUAGUCAGGACCCCUUUCUCAUCGUGUCCAAUGGACUGGGGACUGGACUAGGGAUUGCCCAACUGAUCUUGUAUGCAAUGUAUGGCAAGAACCAGAGUCAAACAAAAAAACGAGGUUAGGGAUGAAUUCGGGGAGAUGGAUCUUGAAAAGACAGGUCAAAAUGAAGAAACGGAGUUGCCACGCUUAAGCUUCACCGCUUCUAGCAAAAACUGACCAGCUUUCUUGAAUGUAUUAUCAUUCAAAAUUAAGUGGUGACGGACUUAAGUGAUGAGGUUAUUGCCUCAAUGAGAUUUGACAAGGAUCAUCUUUCCUUUUCA